CGGUAAAAAAUCUUUGAACUUUAAUACACCACCUUGCAGGAAAGGUUUGGUGAAAGGUCUCUUGGGAACAGAUUGCAAGGCGAGUGUUCUCACCCGACAGAGUGGCCAGACCUCUGAGGUAAGAGCCGUUAGCCCCAUUCGGAUAUCGAAAUUACAAUUGCUUAAGAAGAAUACAUACAAGGCGCAGAGCAAACAAAUAUUGGUCAAUAUGUUUCGAGUGCAUUGCAACAAGUGCUUCCGUCAUCGCAAAACUGAUCCGGCCGUGCCCUUCCACUUGACCCAGUGCCGGCACGUGAUCUGCGGGCCCUGUUUGGGCCAAUCCUCGCUAGAAAAGAACUGCCCGCUGUGCGGCCGCGUGCUCAAAGCGAUCCAGAUCAACCGGGACAUGCCAACUAGCGUGGCCAACUACUUCGAGGAUCCCCUGAGAUUCCAGCAGAUCUACCGCAAGAUCUCCAAGUUCCAGGCGGACCAGCGGGCAUCGGACAACCUGGGUUUCUACCGCCAGUUGCAGCAGCUGGAGCAGAACAAGCGCCAGCUGGAGGGCUUUUGCAAGAUGGAGGCGCAGCUGAACCAGAAGGUCGAAGAGGAAAAGAAGCGAAUCGCCGAACUACGCACCUACAUCGCUUACCACGAGAAUGCGCAGAGGAUGACGAGGCGCCGGCGCAGUGCAGGUGAGAAAUUCCAUACGCCGGAGUUCCAGGAGGCCUGGAACACCUCUGUCAGCACUUCGGACAAAUCGCAGUCGGAUAUGCCUUUUGAUAGUUUCCUCCGGGCCGCGGACUUGGAAACCCGGUCAACGCGGAGAAGAUCCUUUGGCGGCGACACUAAAGGCUUUCAUCUUUAGUCACUCCAAUUACUUGUCUAAUAUCUUAUAGGAAUUCUAAGACUAUAAUACUUGUAACGAUACUUAAUAGAAUGAAAUAUGUAUAAUGUUUCAAUUUGACCCUUCAGAACUUUCCCAAUAUAAAAAACCAGAUAAAUUAUUCAUUUGUGCUUAGGGUACUUAUUAUCAUCCGUAUUAUAUUACUAUUACUAUUCAAAUCGAGACGAGAUACAAGGAAAUAUAACAAUCUACUUAAGCUUACAAAACUCAAAAACCCACUAGUAGUUUUAAUGAUUCCAACCAAUCUGGUGAGUACUUACCA